ACAGUAGGCACAGUCCAAAGUGAGAUCACGCUCCCCACAUUUUGGCAUUUCCAAAUUGAAUCCAGCUUGGUUUCUCUUCUUAUUUCUAGCCAUCGUUUUCGAUCCCCGUUGUUAUAAAGAGUUUGUGCGCGGGGUCGGGUUACUUUUUAUGCAAGUGAUAAUCUUGAGAUUCGUCGUUGGGUAAUGGAUCCGCCGGUGUCGCUGGUGAAUGAAUGCUCCUACUCCAACGGCAAUGCGGGGUCGUAUAAUCUCUCGGAGAUCUGGCAGUUUCCGAUGAGCGGCGGCGGCGGCGGAAUGGGGGACUCCGGAGGGCUGCGGAGGCAGAGUUUCGGGCAGUUUGGGGAUGUUUCGGGUGCGAUUCGGGACGUUUUGGGCGGUGGUGAUCCGAAUCAGAUGAGUUUGGAGCAGAGAACUAGGAAGAGGAGAGAUGCUGAGGAUGAGUCCUCACCCAAAAGCAGCGGCAACAUUGGCGCGGGUGAUUGUGAUGGGAAGCGGCAUAAAACAGGGGGAAGAUGUGGAGAUGAAAAUCAUGAGGCCAAAGCUGAGGUAGAAACAAGUUCAGGGAAGCCUGUGGAGCAGAGUACUACUCAGCCGCCGGAUCCGCCUAAGCAGGACUACAUCCAUGUACGAGCAAGAAGGGGUCAAGCUACUGAUAGCCAUAGUCUUGCAGAAAGAGCUAGAAGAGAAAAGAUUAGCGAAAGGAUGAAAAUUCUCCAAGAUCUGGUCCCUGGUUGUAAUAAGGUUAUUGGGAAAGCACUGGUGCUUGAUGAGAUAAUCAAUUAUAUCCAAUCCUUGCAGCGUCAAGUGGAGUUCCUGUCUAUGAAGCUUGAAGCAGUUAAUACAAGAAUGACCCCUACCAUUGAGGUAUUUCCAUCUAAAGAAUUUGGUCAACAGACAUUCGACGCUGCUGCAAUGGCAUUCGGUACACAACCUCCAAGGGAAUAUAGCCGUGGAUCUUCACCAGAAUGGUUGCAUAUGCAAGUUGGUGGCGGUUUUGAAAGAACAACAUAGCCCCAAAAAAUCCUCUUCAAUUGGUAAUAAAAGUAUCAGGGCAAUUCAUCUUACUUCAGUAGCUGUCAAAGAAAGUAUACCACGAUAUGUCAAAUCAAAGGAAGACCUUAUUCUCAUUUUCUACAUCAGGCAUGGAGUUAUGAUAAUAUCUACGGAUCUGCAACUUGGUAACUAUACUUCUCCAUUAGUUUGUGUUGGGAAAUGAACUGUUAACUUCAUAUAUAUAGCUGGCUACACAUUCUUCUCCAUAUAAUACCCAAACAAGCACAGGGAAUGAGUAAUGUUCUUGUAGAAGUAUGUUGCUUGUUCCAUAUUUCUGAUGCUCAUAUCUUGUGUAAACAUUGUUUUAACAUUGAUUGCUUAUCAAGCUGGAACUACGUUAAAUAAAGUAUCCUUGCUUUCUGGAAGUCCAUAUUGAUUCACA